CGGGAAUUUAGGCAUCUAUCUGAGCCCCAUAUCCAGUAUUUCCUUUGGAUACUCAGGAAUGGGGAAGGGCCAGCAUCGCAUGCCCACUAAAGAUGAGUUAGUCCAGCGAUAUAAUCGAAUGAACACUAUGCCACAGAGUCGCCCCAUACAGUCACGCUUCCUCCAGAGCAGGAACUUAAACUGCAUCGCUCUCUGUGAAGUGAUCACAUCCAAAGACCUGCAGAAACAUGGCAACAUCUGGGUGUGUCCGGUGUCUGACCACGUCUGCACACGCUUCUUCUUCGUGUAUGAGGACGGUCAGGUGGGAGACGCAAACAUCAACACGCAGGAGCCCAAGAUCCAGAAGGAGAUCAUGCGUGUGAUCGGCACCCAGAUCUACUCCAGCUGAGGGGCUUCCUUUCCUCCGCUCUGUCCAUCUCUACUUGCUUCCGUCCU